AUGGGAGUGAUGUCGAUGUCGAUGACGUCGUACCCACGCUCAGCGAAUCAGUUUGCACCACCACCGAUGCCAAAUACGUUUAACACUGCUGGCGUUUAUUUUAAGGAACCAAGGAAUCCGAUCCAAACGGCUCCAAUUUACGAUUCGUCUGGAGUGGAAUCAAUGGCACCGUCAGCGUUCUCGGAUACAUCCAGAGGUUCGCGACGAAUGCCCAUACCUCAUCAAACUGGAUUGAGCACUCCUCGAAAGACUCGCCGAUCCCUUCCAUCUGCAGGACAACAGUUGAUCACCAUAUCCUACAAAGGUAUUGAUGGGGUACCAGUAGUCGCGCAUGUGCCUAUUUCGCAAGCAGGAUUGACGCUGAAAGAAUUCCGUCGGCAUUUCUCCAUCUCUUCUCAUUCUAACGUGCAGUUCUUUUUCAAAUCGACAUGCGAGGAUGGUUCUGCACCGUAUCAGCUCCUUCUGGUAAACGACGACUCCGCCUAUCUUCCCGUAUUUGAAGGAAGAAUCACAGCUGAACUGAAAAGAAUAUCCCCGGAAUAG